AUGGCUCCAAUUAUUGGCGCUGAAUUUAGAGCUCAUGGGUUUCGAUCAGCUGCUGCUUUAGAAGCAUUAACCAAAGCAAGAAAAGAGAAGAUCCCAAAUGUGGUGCUGUUCAACUACCCUUCUUUCUCCGGAGCAUUCUCUGCUCAGUUUGCUACCCUCUUCCACUCUCGCCUCAAUCUAUCUUGCCUUGUCUUACCUUUCUCUUUUGUUGUGCCUCUCAGGGUUGAAGAUUUGGGACUUGAGAGAUGUUAUCUUCUUGAUUUUCUUGGUCCUCCAGGAUUUGCCGCUAUGUUUCACGGCAAUCAAUGUGCAAGCUUUAAUCGCCCUCCAAGAAUUCCCUCUGCAGAGUGUGCAGAGAAAGUCACAUUUCAUGUUGAUAUUGAAAAGAGUACAGUUAAUAAGGGAGGAGUUAACAGAUUGUUGAACCCAGAAGACCAAGACCGUGUUGAAAUGGUCCUUAAGUACAUUGAAGAUGCAGAUCUUCGACGUUGGAGCUUACCGGAUAUUAGAGCUUUUAAUAUUGGACUAAAUGAAUGGCGCUCGAAGAUAAAUUACAAACCCAUUUAUGCUUGGAGAGAUAAGAUUUUUAAAGUUCGAUUGGGUAGCGGAUUUCAUGGGGAGUGCCUGGUAAUUACAGAUCUCUCUUUCUUAAAUCAUGUUAUUUUAUUAUAUCUUUGCUCCUUGUGGAAUGAAUCAGGUUCCCAUAUUUCAUUCUCUUUUUGCCUAAGACGGACUAUAGUCCUUCACUUUUUCUACUCCCUUUCCCCACCGUGGGGAAACCUUGCCUAUAGUUUCCUCCUGGUGUGACCUCCAUCCUACCUUAUUUAUUCCUGUUCCAUGAUUACAGGGAGUUAGAGCUGAUGGCAAUUCCAACUUAAGUGAUGAAACGGACAGGCAACUUAAUGUAAAAAGUGCUGCAGCUGGUCUAAGGUAACGUGUUGGUAAAUAUGUGGCAGAAGAACAAUAUGAUUGUGAUUAGUUCACUGGACAACCAUCAACCUUUAUGCCUUUGGCUAUUGGACAAGAUGCUAAAUCACAGUGUUCACCAUCUGUACCCCACCAAGUUAAAGUUCUGUUUUCC